UCCUGCUGCUCUCCUACUCUUAUCGUAUGAUACUCAAACUUGAUACCUCAUGCAAAACGUUAGAAAAAGGAAGGGGAAAGCCAACCGCUCUCCAACUCUCAUUUCCUGGGACUUGUAUGAAGAGAAGAAAAGAAGCUGAGAUUUGGGAGGUGAUGGGAAUGAGUAGGAUGGUAAGGAGGUCGCUCUGCAUGCUUGUUGCUCUGCUGGGAGUUCUUGGGUUGAUGGGCUCUGUAGUUGUGGAUGCUAGGCCUCGGCGGAUUCUUUUGGAUACUGACGUCGAUACUGAUGAUUUGUUUGCUCUCCUCUAUCUACUGAAGCAGAAUCGAUCAGAGUUUGAUCUCAAGGCAGUUACUAUUAGUGCAAAUGCUUGGACUGAUGCUGGGCAUGCUGUUAAUCAAUUAUAUGAUAUUCUUUACAUGAUGAAUCGUGAUGACAUCCCAGUUGGAGUUGGUGGUGAUGGUGGAAUACUAGAUGAUGGUACCAUACUACCAAAUGUUGGUGGUUAUCUCCCUAUAAUUGAACAGGGCAUGUCAACAGCAGGUGAUUGCCGUUAUAGACAAGCUAUUCCAAUAGGAUCUGGUGGACGAUUAGAUAUCGACUCUAAUUAUGGCCUCCGGAGAAGUUUCCUUCCACAGGGUCACAGGAGAUAUUUUCCUCUUCAGCAACCCACAACGCAACAAGUGAUGAUCGAUACAAUAUCAGCAGGCCCCACUACUGUAAUCCUCAUUGGGUCACAUACAAACUUUGCUCUCUUUCUCAUGGCAAAUCCACAUUUGAAAAAAAAUAUCGAGCACAUUUAUAUUAUGGGUGGUGGUGUAAGGUCAGAAAACCCAACAGGCUGUUGCCCCAAAAAUUCAAGCACCUCUUGCAUUCCCCGGCAAUGUGGUGAUCAUGGUAACAUGUUUACUGCAUACACUAGCAAUCCAUAUGCAGAAUUCAAUGUGUUUGGAGAUCCAUUUGCUGCAUAUCAGGUGUUCCACUCUGGCAUUCCAAUUACCCUUGUCCCUCUUGAUGCAACCAACACCAUUCCUGUAACUGAGCAGUUCUUUAUGUCAUUCCAACAGCAACAGGAUACAUAUGAGGCACAAUACUGUUUUCAAUCUUUAAAAAUUACACGUGACACUUGGUUUGAUAAUCAAUUUUACACGAGCUUUUUUAUGUGGGACUCAUUUACCUCUGGUGUAGCUGUAUCAAUCAUGCGCAAUGCUGACAAGUAUAACGGUGUAAAUGAAUUUGCCGAGAUGGAAUAUCUAAAUGUGACUGUAGUGACUUCAAAUAAGCCAUAUUGUAUAAAUGACGGCUCCAACCCAUUUUUUGAUGGACGUGCAAUUCCAAAGUUCAAUUUACAGAGAGAUGGAGUACAUAGCGGUCAUGUUCAGACCGGGCUUCAAGAUUCAUUUUGCCUUGUGCCUGGAAAUAACAAAGGGAUAUGUGAGGAUGGAUACACUAAGGAAGUAACUGGCUCAGAAGGAGUCCGAGUUCUUGUUGCAAAGAAAGCAAAACCUAACCAAGAUGUUCACAGUCCGCUAGACCGAGAAUUUUUCAUAAGUUUUCUGGAUGUUCUCAAUCUUCCUCAGCAUACUGGGCGUUUUAACUUUGCCACACAGUUUCCGUAUUACAGUGAAACACUCUACAAGCCGGAUUUUACAAACCGAAGUCUGGGAAAGCCUGUUGUGUUUGACAUGGACAUGAGUGCAGGGGACUUCCUUACCCUUUUAUAUCUCCUAAAAGUACCUGUUGAAACAAUAAACCUCAAGGGAAUAUUAGUCAGUGGCAAUGGUUGGGCGAAUGCUGCAACAAUAGAUGUCAUCUAUGAUGUGUUACAUAUGAUGGGCCGCGAUGACAUUCCAGUUGGCCUAGGUAAUGUAACUGCAUUAGGCACACCCAGUCUUGGCUGCAAGUAUGUCAAAGCUAUUCCACAUGGUAGUGGUGGAUUUCUUGACUCUGAUACAGUAUACGGACUUGCUCGUACACUACCACGAAGCCCAAGGAGGUAUACAGCCGAAAAUUCGGUGAAGUUUGGAGCUCCAAGAAACACUGAUCACCCAGAACUUAGACAACCACUAGCUAUGGAAGUUUGGCAGUCCAUUACAAGGGAACUUAAUCCAAGUGAUAAGAUAACUUUGCUGACAAAUGGACCUCUUACUAACUUAGCCAACAUUGUUCUUUCAGAUGAAAAUGCAAGCUCAAUUAUACAGAAUGUUUAUAUUGUUGGGGGGCAUAUUGUUGAUGAACAUGGUGAGAAAGGAAAUGUUUUCACGGUUCCCUCAAAUGAAUAUGCUGAAUUCAACAUGUUUCUUGAUCCUCUAGCUGCAAAGAAAGUCAUCGAGUCAGAUCUUCAGAUCAUAUUAAUUCCUCUAAGUGCUCAACGCAAAGUGGUUUCGUUUAAGAGCAUACUUAAAAGUCUAAAACUCGCAGACAAGACUCCGGAAGCCUUGUUUGCCUAUCGUUUACUGUCCUUAAUGCAAAAGCUCCGGCGGCAGCACCAGACAUACCAUCAUAUGGACAUAUUUUUGGGAGAAAUGCUUGGAGCAGUUUUCUUGGCUGAUGGUCCUAACUUAUACCCAACAAUGCAAAUAAAGCCAGUUAGUGUUUUGGCUGGUAAUAUAGGCAAAGACGGCCAGAUAGUUAUCAACGGGAAAAAUGGAAAAUUAGUUAGCAUAUUGAGUAAUUUUAACAGUGAAGCAUAUUACAGUCAGUUUGCAAAUUUUUUCGGUGAUAGGAGACAGUCUGCUGUGGUUGCUAGCUUUGAUGAACAGGAAAAGAAGUGGAGCAUGCCACCUAAUCAGACUGAAGGAGUUUGAUACCUUUGAAGAUUCUUUCACCAGAUAUUAAAAAAGAAAUUGUUUAUUGAUUAUUUGUUCAUAUUCACAGGUUAUUUGGAGAUUCCAAAUAAUUAUAUUCACAGGUUAUUUGGAGAUUCCAUCCAUAUUCUUGCUUUCUCCAAGAGAAAACAUAGUCUUCUUCAGGUUACCAUCUUGUUAGAACUAAGUGGUUUCUUGCUUCCUACCUGUAUUGCAAACAUGGGAUCAAUAUGUUAAAAGAGAUUCACAAUUAACCUCA